CUUAAUCGAACUUUUUAUGAACACUACUGUUGAUACAAACUGGAGAUGUAAAAAUGCAAACAUUGUGUUGAUGAGGAGAGUAGCUGUGCUUGAUAGGGAGAAUAACAUUUGUCCAGUGCUCUACUGGUGCCAGAUUUUGGAAUUUGUCAAAUUACUGUAAGAUUCUUACAGCUAAUCUUCUUAUCCAAGGGUGCCAACAUAACUGCAGUAAGUAUUCUUUCCUAUCUCAAAGCAACAGUACGAUUCCAGUAGGCGUUGAGGGAGAGCUCCUCCACUCUUCGUUCUCAUUAUUUAUGGAGCAAAUGAGAAGACAGGGAGACACCCGACAUCUCUUUGUUGCUCUCCACACAUCUUUCACUUCUCCGGAAGAGACAGCGGAUUCAUUUCGAGUCUGACGGCGACGACGGAAGCAUUUGCCGGCGACAGAAAAGAAGCAAUCUGGCAUUUGUUAGUCGGUUGUGAAGCUAAAAUUGGGAUUUUGUAUGACGGAGUGACUGCCGUUUUCUCUUUCAUGAAGCAGAAAGAUUCGUACUUAAAAUAAUCAACUAUCAGGCAUAAACAUUGCUAGUUGGUAUUGACUGUACCUUGGGAGAGACAUCAAAGGCAUCUGAAAUGGAGGAGAUAUUAAUGCAGAGAGAAGUUACAGCAGUAGAUAAAGCAGGAAAUGUAGUAUUAGACAUUGAGGGUCUCACACAAUCCUCUGAUAAAUGCUCUGGAAGCCCAAAAAUGACGAAAGCUUUAUCUCGUAAAGGAUCAUGCCGUUUGGAGAGGCGGAACAGUGAGGAGCAAGAUGUGGAUAAUACUACUAAAAAGGUUGUGGUGAAAGUGGUUCCUUCUCACAUGGAGCUGUUUAAGCAACCACUAAUUGCGAAUAAAGCUCUUGUAGUUUCGUCUACAUCAACCAAUACCCCUGUUUCAGAUGCUGGAGAUGGAAAGCCUAGGAAGUUUAUUCGUGUAACAAUCAUCAACCCCAGGAGAAUUCUUCUCCUCUUUGCUUCUUUGUCUAGCAUGGGGACAAUGAUUCUUAUAUAUUUUACACUUGCACUCCAUCGGCGGCAAAGCCUUGAUUGAUACAUAGCUUGUUUAUCAAGUGAUUUGCCGGCAUGAUCACAUUUGAUUAAUUGAGAGCAGACUAUAUACUAGGUGGGAGCUGAACAUGUUGGAAGAAAGAUUUGAUGCACAUGAGCAACUAGUAAGUGAGAGUGAAACCGUGAAGUACCAGCCUGGGUAUUUGAUUUUGAUGCUUCAUGAAAUCACAGCUGUGAACUGGCAAAUCAAAGAGAGUAUUCUCAUGUUAUAUAGCUCUUUGAUUCGUCUUACAUAUUUUGUUUUACUUUUUGAGCCAUGACAGUGUCUUUGGUAUGAUCUACUACAUGGAAUGUAUUUGUGAUCUUGAUGUCAGUGAUCAUUAAUGUAGAUAAGCUGUGCUAUUUUGGUGGACAUCUCAGAUUGUGCUUAUUGAACUGGAAGAUGGUAUUGUUAUUGUAAGAUAUUGAAGGAGCAGGUCAGGUUUUAGUUCCUGGAUUAAGCUGCACAGAAGUGCCCUUUGAAUAAAACCAAACAAGAGUGGCAUAUGCUUUACAAACUUCAUGAUUCUUAUGAUAUGAACGAAAGUCAACUUUGUCAUCUUGUAAUGAUCUUUAUUAAAAGCAUGGCGUAGUCAUAAACAAAUCAUUACUAAACACACUUUUUAGCAAAGAACUUUUGAGCAUUUUCUUUUGUAUGAUAGCGCAAAAGAAUCAUGGAUUGACAGUUUACAAAAAUGAGAACAAGGUCUCGAUCU